GUGGUCGCUCGUGGAUAUACUAAGUGUUUACUUGAAUUGCAUCAUUACCGGAUUGUAAAUAAAAAAAGUAUAAAUUCAUUUGAAUUCAUUUUUAACCGUCAGUUCUUAAGCGCACCUCGCUUUUUAAAAAAUAAAUUUCAAAAUUUAUAAAUAAAAUAAAAUGUGUGGAAUUUGGGCAGUUUUUGGAGUUGAAGGAGAAACGCUUAAUUGUGUUUGCAAUAAUUUUAAUAAUAUUUCUCACCGAGGUCCCGAUGCUCUACGAGUUGAAUAUGACAGCCGUAUUAAGAACGCAUUUUUGGGCUUUCAUCGGCUGGCAAUUCUUGACAGUUUGUGUGGUAUGCAGCCAAUGAGAUUGUACAAAUAUCCAAAUGUAUUUUUGAUAUGCAAUGGAGAAAUUUACAAUUUUAAACAACUCAGGGAUAAAUAUAAUUUUUCAUACUCAUCAAAAUGUGAUAUUGAAAUUAUUACUCACUUGUACAUGAACGGAGGUGCAAAAAAUGUUGUCAAUAAUUUAGACGGAGUUUUUGCAUUUUGUCUUAUGGACAUGCAGGAAAAUAAAGUUUUAAUUGGACGUGAUCCAUAUGGAGUUAGGCCUUUGUUUAGAUUGUUGAGCACUGAUGGCCAGUUGGCUGUUUGUUCUGAAACUAAAGGUCUGAUAGGAUUGACUGAUCAAGUAACAGGUGACUGGACCUUAGAGCCAUUCCCUCCAGGACACUACGAAGAAUAUAAAAUCCUUGAGAAUGGAAAAGUAGAAUUCUUAUCCCGAGUUUGUUACCACAAACCCGGUGAUAAGCCUUCUUUUGACACUUAUGUUCCCUGGAAUGCUUUAGUACCAACGGACGUUCAAGGUAACAUUGUAAAAUUAUUCACCGGAGCGAUUGAAAAGCGUUUGAUGGCCGAUAGACGUAUCGGUUGUUUGCUCUCCGGAGGUUUGGACUCAAGUUUAGUAGCAUCUCUAGUGGUCAAGCUAGCAAAGAAGCACAACUUGCCUUACAAGGUCCAAACCUUUGCGAUAGGAAUGGGCGACAGUCCAGAUUUACGCGCCGCCAGGCAGGUAGCUCAGUUUAUUGACAGCGAGCACCACGAAAUUACAUUCACUGAACAGGAUAUCGCUGAUGUCUUGGAUAAUGUUAUUUACACUCUGGAGACAUUCGAUAUUACAACUGUUCGUGCAUCAGUUGGGAUGUACUUACUGGCCAAGUACAUUAAGGAAAAGACCUCAACAACUGUAAUAUUCAGCGGUGAAGGUGCUGAUGAGUUGGCUCAAGGGUAUAUUUACUUCCGAGAUGCUCCCAAUCCUCAUGAUGGUCACGAGGAAUCUCUUAGGCUGUUGAAAGAUAUUUAUCUUUAUGAUGGACUUCGCGCUGAUCGGACUACCAGUGCUCACAGUCUUGAGCUACGUGUUCCAUUUUUAGAUCUUCAGUUUACUAAUUAUUAUUUGUCGCUUAAUCAAGAAUCAAGACAACCCCAAAAUGGAGUUGAAAAGCAUUUACUCAGAUCAGCUUUUGAUAAAGAAAAUUUAUUACCUAACAACAUUUUGUGGCGUCAUAAAGAAGCAUUCAGUGAUGGUGUAGCUUCAAUUAAAAAAUCACUUUUCCAAAUAAUCCAAGAAAUUGUUGAAUCUAAAGUUACAGAUCAAGAUAUUGAAACAGCUCAUUUGAAAUAUCCUCACUGUACUCCUAAAACUAAGGAGUCUUAUUAUUACAGAAAAAUGUUUGAAAAAAAUUAUCCAGGACAAGCCGAGUCAUUAAUUCCCUACUUCUGGAUGCCACGGUGGGUUAAAAACAUCACCGACCCAUCAGCAAGAUUUAUUAAACAUUACGCCGCUGAAGAAGAUUCAAAAUAAAUA